AUGAUGGCGUAUCUGAACCCGGGGCCUCACUACUCUGCCUUGACCCUGAGCGGCGCCAGCGUGGACCUGAUGCAUCCGGCUGUACCCUACCCAAGUGCUCCAAGGAAGCAGCGGCGGGAGAGGACCACCUUCACCCGGAGCCAGCUGGAGGAGCUGGAGGCCCUAUUUGCCAAGACCCAGUAUCCUGAUGUGUAUGCUCGUGAGGAGGCAGCCCUGAAGAUCAACCUGCCUGAGUCCAGGGUGCAGGUCUGGUUCAAGAACCGUAGGGCUAAAUGUCGGCAGCAGAAGCAGCAGCAGCCUCCAGGGGCCCAAACCAAGGUUCGCCCGGCCAAGAGGAAGGCCGGCGUGUCCCCCAGGCCCCCCACGGAUGUCUGUGCAGACCCUCUUGGCAUCUCAGAUUCCUACAGCCCUCCACUGCCUGCUCCCUCGAGCUCCCCCACCACUGCAGUGGCAACGGUGUCCAUCUGGAGUCCAGCCUCCGAGUCCCCUUUGCCUGACACCCAGCGGGCUGGGCUGGUGGCCCCAGGAUCCUCUCUGACCUCACCACCCUACGCCAUGACCUAUGCCCCAGCCCCCACUUUCUGCUCUUCCCCCUCAGCCUAUGGGUCCCCAAGCCCCUAUUUCAGUGGACUGGACCCCUACCUUUCUCCCAUGGUACCCCAGCUGGGGGGCCCAGCUCUCAGCCCUCUUUCUGGCCCUUCUGUGGGACCCUCCCUGGCACAGUCACCCACUUCUCUGUCCAGCCAGAGCUACAGCACGUACAGUCCCGUGGACAGCUUGGAAUUCAAGGACCCCACAGGCACCUGGAAAUUCACCUACAACCCCAUGGAUCCUCUGGAUUAUAAGGAUCAGAGUGCCUGGAAGUUCCAGAUCUUGUAG